CCGUUAUUUCAGCGCACAUGUGAACCAUGCGAUAUGUUGCAGCUUUGAUUAGGGCCGCUUCUCCGUAUAUUGUACAUUUCACACGUUGCUGUAGUUUGUAGUAACAGCCUCUUUGCUAUCACCUGUACGAAGUGACCUUUUGAACUUAGGAACAACAUGGUGAUAGAGAAGCUUGGAAGGGUUGUGUGCGGCAUGUCGGGCGGCGUCGAUAGCAGCGUUGCUGCCUACCUGCUGAAAAAGAAAGGGUAUGAUGUCAUUGGCGUCUUCAUGCGCAACUGGGACAGCCGAGAUGCUGGUGAACGUUGUGUCCUUGAUGAGGAGGAGAGCGAUGCACAGUUUGUGUGUGACCACCUUGAAAUACCAAUGAAGACGGUGGACUUUGUCAAGCCUUACUGGCACAGCGUGUUCACCACCAUGCUUGAUGAAUACCAGAAGGGGUGGACGCCUAACCCGGACGUGCUGUGCAACCGAGCCAUCAAAUUCGGUGUCUUUCAUGAGUAUGCCACUCAGAGGCUGGGCGCUGACAUGGUUGCGACUGGCCACUAUGCCCGUUUACAGCCACUGCCUGAUGGGCGUGUGCAGCUGAUGCGAGGCAUAGAUGGUGACAAGGACCAAAGCUUCUUCUUGGCUCAGGUGAAGCAGGAGGCACUGCAGCGAAGCCUCUUCCCCCUGGGUGACCUUGAGAAAGCUACAGUCAAGCAGGUCGCAACAAGCAUAGGGCUGCACAGGAUUGCGACCAAAAAAGAGAGCAUGGGACUCUGCUUCAUUGGGAAGCGUGAUUUCCGAGCCUUUGUGGAGCAGUACCUGGAGUCAAGGCCGGGAAAUUUUGUCGACAUGGAGACAGGCGACGUGGUUGGAACGCACUCCGGAGUCCACUCUUGGACGAUUGGUCAGCGCUGCCACAUAGGUGGUUACCGCUCGGCCUACUAUGUGGCACGACUCUGUCCUCACACCCAGUGCAUCAGCGUGGUCCUCGGCCAACACCACCCAGCCCUGUACUGGCGCACAUUGUACACCAACGUGCCGCACUGGAUCUGCCGGGAGCCGCAUUGGCAGAUAACAGCAGGUAACGCUGCAACCACCCUGCGGUGCUUGUUCAGGACACAGCACAGGAAUGCCCUGGCCUGGUGCACAGCUGUUCCAAGCGAAAACGUCAUGGAAACCACAGGGUUUUUGACACUGCCGGCAGGUGGACUCAGGGUCACUCUGGACAACCACCACAGGGCCAUUGCUGUGGGACAGUUCAUAGUGCUGUACAGCAAGGAUGGAGAGUGCUAUGGAAGUGCCAAGAUUCUGGGCCUUGGGCCAAGCCUGUACGAGGAACAGUGGCAGCCAGUACAAGCCUGUCCUCAUCAAGCCAGUGGCAGCAAAAGCUAGCGUGCAUAUUUUUUUACUAGGACACUGGCAUUUUCUUUUCAGGGUAGUGAGUGGAAGCACUGUGGAUAACUUAGCGACACAUUGUUGAUAACUUAGUAAAAAAAUCACUAAAUUUAACCGGUAUUUACAGGGAAAUCUCGAUAUAACGAACUUCAGGGGACCACAGCAAAUUGUUUAUUCUGAAAGGGGGUCAUAAUGGAAACCCCUAAAUUAACCAUUUUGCUAAUCAACCCGUAAGUUGUCACCUUGUGAGCUACCCCCAAAAUCGCCGCUGUUGACACUUGGCUCGCGCUGUUGCUAUUUUCCAUAGAUUCUGCUGCCACACACCACUGCAGGAUUUUUUAUGGAGUGGCACGCGCGAAAGAGACGCUGAAGCCGAGAAAAACACCCAACAAAGAAGAAGCUCCAUGUCGCUUAUAAAGCGUGCCGUUUCUUUUUGUUUGUUUGUUUUUUACAUUUCUUGCCGUGGACACUGCAACUGUUUCGCUUGAGGUGGACACCUCAACUGUUCCAAAUUGCAAGCAUGUGUAAACAACACUGUUCAGAAAGUGCAACUGUGUGGCAUCCCCAUGAGCACACAGGUUACGUUUCUUUGCACACAUAGCUGGUACAGCCAUACAAAGAAGCGCAAAAGAAAAAAAAAGGCAUGUGUAGAAAGAGCAAAAGAAGGAAGAGAUGUGCCUCCAUUGCUAGGUGACACUUGUCUGGGCAGAGCAUGCGCUCACAAAACCUGGUGCGUCAUCUCCUCCGCUAUAGAAAAAAAAGAAAAGUCCUCUUGCAGCGUUUCUUUUUUUUUUUCGUUCAGCACCGUCUCAGGUUUUCCAAACCCAUUCGCCGUGGUGUCUGCUUUCUGUGCCUUGUCAUCUGCUAGUCUACUGUUCUGGCUGCCAUAAAGGAUACACGGAAAUCUAACAGUCCCCAGAUUUCAGAGCAUGUAUUCGUAGUACUGAGGCAUUGUUAACAUGACAGAGAAACUGAAUAAAGAUUGUUAUUCUGAUAA